AUGGGUCAGCAAGCCAAGAAGAGGAAGCAUCAGGAAGUCUCAGCGGAAAACGGGCGUUACGGUCCGUAUGGCACAGGCGAAAACACCUCCUCAAGAUUUUCAGAUUGGUUCGAACUCUUUUCAAUCCUUCGGACUCGUGUCGGGCGAAAAAGAUUCAAGCGCCAUACUUCAUGGCACAAGGAAGAGGAAGAGGAAGAGAAAAGGACGCGACUGUCUUCGACCUGCAGCGAAACACCUUCAAUCCUGAGGCCGAGACUUCUUGGUGGUGGUGAAGAAGAAACGCUGUCUAGAUGUGGUAGGGCACCAGAAUACACGUCGAAUGAGGUAAAAGAAUCCGCUGACAUCUGUCAAAAGCAUGCCUACAACUUCGACCAAAUCCCUGAUAGUUUCAAUUCGAAGACGGGUUCAGAAACAACAACGGCUUUGGAAUUCCCCGAGCCCGUUGUGUCGCAUGAUUUAAACACAAACAGGGCGUUCGGCAUCGAUGAGGUCAAUGCUGCCGCCGCUGUCCUUACCCUUGUCUCUGACAUUUGCAGACAUCGUGGAAGACUGUCUACCGAAGACCAUGUCAUACUGCGUGAUGCCUUGAAAACGAUGCCAUACCUCUUGACACCUAUGGGAAGGAAAAACGAAACCGAACAGGCACUCAUGUUUCAGAUCGAGGUCUACGAGAACCCCGCAUCCUCAAGCUGGGGGUCCAUUGAAAGUUUCGACACUUUGCAAAAUUGGUUAGAAUUGCUUGAGAGGUUUGACAACUGUGCGGAGCUGCAUCCAAGCCAGGGACCAGGAGGUAUGUUGAUAGUAUAA